UUGACUAUGAUACAUAUAUUAGUUUGUGAUUAAUUUAAUUAUUCUCAAAUAUAACAAGUUUUAUAAUCAUUUAUUUUUAUAUUAAAAAUGUGUUUUUCUUUUCAAAUAAAUACCAGGUUAUUUAGCAAUAUUUAUUUAUACUACGAAAAUUUUUUGUGAUUUGGGAAGGUCAAUAAUCUAUCACUGUUUUGAUGAAUAAUAUCUUGGAACAUUCAUAAUUUUGGCGGUAUCAUGGCUUAUUGCAGAAAGCUUAACAAAAACAAAAAUUACGAGAACUGCUAUUCUUUGAACGGACUAUUUGUACUGGUUUUUACAAUGAUUUUGAUAUUUGAAUCAGUUAGUAGUACAUUGGACACGGAGUCAAAUAAUACCAAUUGUUCAAAUGCACUAACAUGCACUAAAUGUACAAUCAAAGCUCAAUGCCAAUGGUCUUUAAAACAACAGGAAUGUAUAAAAAAGACAAAUUUUUCAAAUUUAACAGCCACAAGUAUUGGGGAGUGUCCACAGUUUUCAGUUGAUAAACAAUAUAGUUAUGAUAAAUUUUAUGAUUUAUAUGGUUUUGUUUAUUUUAAUUACACUUUAAAUGUAUCAAACGAUUUAGUAGGUUUCAAGAAUUAUCUUCGAACCAGUCAAAUUUAUUUGCAUACAAUGUCAUCCAUUUUUAGUCCCACGUUUAAUAAAGAAAAAAAUGAUUAUUUUUUUUCAAUAGCUCUUUGGAAAAUAUCACGUGAAUUAUCCAAUCAGCCGUUCACUGAUUUUUUAUUUAUUAAUUUCAAUAAUGUCAUUUUGCGGUUCGACAACGUCGCCGAUCAUUAUGUUACGUUUUAUCCACGUGAUCAAUGUACCGACCACGAAAAGGACAAAUUCUGUGCGAUUUGUGCAUGGAACAACAAUUCGUAUUUUAACUACUUGAAAUGGUGUUCGAAGGACAACGUCUGUGAGGGUCGAAAGCAGUUGUACCUGAAGAACGACGCCGAAGAAUUAUUAAAUGAAUAUAGAAUAAUAUUUAAUUUUAACAACCGGAUGAAAGAAGCUUACGUGACGAACGAAUGUCCUGAAGUAAACGUGAUAGCGGUCAAUCCGCUGUCUGGACAUCGUGGUGGUGGAACGGUGGUAACGAUCACAGUUAGAAACCACAGAAUACUUGCCGAGGACACGACGAUACAGGUGAUGGUGGCAGGAAUGGUGUGCAUGAACCCCAGAACAUCAGGACCCGAGACGAUCACUUGCACUACGUCACUAUGGGUAAACGUCAACGAAGAACCACCGAUCCCCGGUCCGAUCCUAGUCAUAUACUCGUCGGACAAAGGUAGAUUAACGAUCGAAUCAUCGCAGACAUUUCAGUAUGACGUCCAUCCGACUUGUGGCUCGCCCAGACCCGUACUGGACGAGAACCAACGACUUAGAGCCUCAGAAUCGGGAGACAUCAUCGUGCCGGUGCGUGGUGUUCAUUUCGUCAAACCAUGUGUUGUAUCCUCCGCCCAACUCUUCGUCGUACUGACAAAUGGUACUAUGCAGUUCGCGUCCAUUCAUUGUGAUAUACCGGUCAACGACACAUAUAUGGUCUGUCGAUCACCGAGAGUUGACAGCCGUGUAUGGCGUGACGAAUAUGAUUCGUUUAAUGAUGAACUCUUAUUGGAUUUCGGGUUGAAUGUAAUGAAUUUCAUCGGAAAUCAGUCGCUGUUGGUGAAAGGGCCAUCGGGCGGUUUUCACGUACUCUUCGAUCCGGUGCUAAUGGAUUUUAAUAUAACAGAUAGUAAUGGUUCAGUAGAAUUCAACGGGCGCUACUUGAAUCACGUGCAGUCCGACGUCAUUCUAAUAAGGAUCCCAAAAUCAUCGGCGAAACGUUGCAAAUCCGUUCUGGAUUGCUUAGUCGUGGCGUGUUGUGAAAAUGUGGUGAUUUCAGAACAACGUAUAAUAUGCAAGCCGAACGUGACCAUCGAUCCAGCUGCCACUGAAUCGCGCAACAUCUUGGUCACGAUCGGUGAUCGGUUGUCGUACACCGUGCCCAAUAGAUUUCCACCCCCCGAUUUAACUACAAUCUGGUGGUCUACGUGUCUGUUGCUUGUUUUUGCGUUGGUUUUUUAUCUAAAGACCGAAAGUAAGUACGGCUUGACGAAAACGGUUGAUGACCCACUGGUGUCUUUCACGAGAUCACAAACUGACGGACACUACGAUAUAGUUUUAAAUAGUUAAUUUACUAGCAGUGUAUUGAUUUUGGUUGUUAUUAUUAACUAAACAUAAUAUAUUCCAAAAUAACAAGUGUUUUUUCCCCAAUAUUAUUCCCAAAAAUGAACUUGUUUUGAUAAAUUAUGUAAAAAAUUAUUUUUAAAAUAUUGCAAAUAUUUCUCACUGUGUUCUGUUAUUUAUAUCUCGAGUAAUUCUUCACCAAAGAAAUUUUAAAAUAAAAUUUUUUUUUGCUUAUUCGGCAAUUAACACGACACAGUUUUCGAGAUUGGUAUAACGUCCAAAAAUUAUAUAUUGUUAGUUUAGUUAUAUGUUUGUUUAAAUAGACAAAUAAAAAAUUACAUAUAUUAAUAGUUUCACAAAUAAUAUAAUAUUAUCAUUUUCUUUAUAAACUUAA